UCUACACAACCGUCUCUCCUACGCCAGCUGGCGUCUGAGGGUCUUCCGCCAGUUAUUCGACCUGCACCGCGUCUCGCGCCCACUCUCAACCUCCACCCAGCGCCCCAGCGCGCAAGACCGCUCGACCGACACCACCACCACAACCACAACUACAACUUCCAACACACCACAACAACCCAACCAAACCCAAUCCACCCCUCACGAUGUCAAUCGCAAAUCCCCCCGACCCUCGCAACUCCUCCCUCAGUCCCCCCUCCUUACACACCCGCGCCUCCCCAAAACCAAACCCCACAAACGCACCGCAACCCCCGAAGACAAAGACCCCCUCCGCCUCAACCCCUGGGCCCAAGCCCUCGCCUCCCCAGUCCGCAUGUGCAACCUAACAAACGCACGUCUCCCGCGCACCCUCUUCACAGAAUGGGGCAUCAUCCGCCGAGCAAGCGACACCGAACCAGACCCACCCCUACACAUCCUCCCCACAGGCCUCCUCAAAGACGACCUCGCCGCGUCGCGAGAGCAGCACCAAACCCUCUUAUCCUCAGAACAACUCGAACAAUCAACCCCACCUACCACCACCAGAAACAACCCACCCCAACAGCCACUCAUCUUCCGCCUAACCGAGCGCCUCCCUGUUCUAACCAGCCUGACGCAGGCGCUCGACAGCGGUCCCGAAUCCGACCGUCGGAGAUCCAAUCUGGCGCGCAUCCUGCCCAACCGCUGGAAGCACCCGCACGGUCCGUUGACGAGUCGUGCUGCGGCUAUGCUGUCUUGGCGGGAUGACAUGCCUGAGUUUAUGGUCGGGCGGAUGAGGGCGCAGGCUGCGCGUGCGCUUCAGAAAGCGAGUCGGACGUAUAAGAAGGUGGAUCGGGGCCGCGACGGCGUUUGGCGGACGUUGCAGCUGGAUGCGCGUUCUAAAUCGGCGCUGGAGACUGCGCUGAAGGACCUGCCGGCUGUGGAGCGUAUGGAGUGCGGUGCGGUGCUGAUUAUGGGUGGUCAGACUACUGCCCCCCCGGAAGUGGAGAAGUCUACCCUGCCAGAUGCGGUGCACCUGCAGCAAACUCAGUCUCGGGUUCCAGUUUUUGAUCUGUCGGUGCUGCUGUCAGAGGCAGAGCUGGAAGAGCUGAGACGCUCUGACGCGCGGUUCCAGAGCCCAGCGCUGUUUUUCAGACCCGCUGACAAGACGACUAUGGACACGCUGUUGACUCUGUGGAAGCUCAAGGGCUUUCUUCGGGCGUAGUGCUGAUAUAGCUUAUUUAUCCAGUAUAUGCAUAUACAAAUACCAUCAGUGAUGUGGAGUGAAA